AUGGAAGCAGCAUCACUCUCACCGACUUCUACCGUAUCGGCUCUUGGCCUCGAUCUGAGCAGCAUACCACCGAUUGCCAUCCUGUCUGCGCACUUGAAGGUCGAUGAGGAGACGAAACUGAAAGAAACCCUACGCCAAUUUGAGGCACCGUUGACUACAGAUGUAUCGAGAGCCCAGAUUUUCAUUGGAAAGGUGGCGACCAAGAGAAGGGCAGAGUUCGAACUUCGGUCUCGGAAGCUCACAGUCGAAGAGAGCGUCGCACAGAAACGGCCUGCCAGUCCGGUGAGGAGGCAUGGUUACGCGAACAAAAGACGAAAAAUCUCCGGAGGGUCCCUGAUGUUGGACGGGACGAAUGAUGAUGACUCUGCUACCGAGGACGAGGCCGUUGAUAAUUCCUUAAUCGAAGAUGAGGUGCCGACCAAGGAGCUCCAAGGGUCUAGACUAGACUCAGAUCCGGCACAGCCUCCGUCUCUCUUCGAAAAUGCUACCAAACAAGAUAUCGUCUGGGUGAUACGAAUAGGUUGGCUGGAGGACUGCGUGCGAGCUGGCCAUCUACUACCUCUCAAAGACAACCUUGUAUACACCGGUCGAGUUCGCGAACGUCCCAAGUCGGCAAACCAAAAGCCUAGAAAACUCGUUUCCUCGAAAUUAGCAAAAGAGGCACCUGUCUCGCAAACCUUACUGGCAACUCGUCCCAAGGACGAACGUGACCUUCUGGAUAGGGCAAAGGCAGAUGCAGCUGGAAGGCCUCAAAAGCCACACUAUGAAUCUCGUCGAGUAGGACCUGGCCAAGGCUCUCGUCGAUUCGAGGGGAAAAGUUAUGCGUCUACUAUGCAACCGAACAAACCGACUUUUGCUUCAGCAACUGCGCACUUACUGCAACAAACUACAAGUGAGUACGAGGGCGUCGACAGUGACAUACCUCAGCCACCGGAGUGGGUCAUAAAAGGUAUCAAGUAUUCAUGCCAACGCUUCACACCUGCGAAUGGACCCAACGAAGACUUUCUCGACCAACUGAAGAAGAUAAGAACAGCAAGGACCCUCAUUGAUGAUGAGAUUGGCGUUCGUGCGUAUUCCACCAUCAUCGCGUCUAUCGCGGCCUACCCCUACAAGCUUAGCCACCCCCGUGAGUUAGCGCAACUACCAGGAUGCGAUGAGAAGACAGCCGUUUUGUUUGUGGAAUGGAAGAAUACUGGCAGAAUCCAAGCGGUGGAAGACUACGAAAACGACAAAGUGAUGAAAGUCCUGCGUUCGUUCCAUGACAUUUGGGGCGUUGGGGCGAAGACUGCGCGCAACUUUUACUAUAACCACAAUUGGAGCGAGCUGGAUGAUAUCAUCGAGUUUGGGUGGAACGAUCUGGAUCGGGUGCAGCAGAUUGGCGUCAAGUACUACGAUGAGUUCUUAGACCCGAUUCCACGACCUGAGGUCGAGCAAAUUGCAGAUGUUGUUCGCGAGCAUGCUGUCAAGCUACGAGACGAACGUAUUACGGUGACUAUAGUCGGUGGCUAUCGACGCGGCAAACAGGCUUGCGGUGAUGUAGACAUGAUUGUCUCCCAUCCAGACCUAGAGGCCACUGCCGGCCUCGUGAGAGAAAUGGUCGACUCGUUGGAGUCGGAUGGAUGGAUCACGCACACAUUGACUAUGAGCCUGACCAACACCCUCAGAGGUCAGCACCCUCUUCCCUUCCGUUCCACCAAAGGGCGCGGCGUAGGUUUUGACACGCUCGACAAAGCGCUUGUCGUGUGGCAAGACCCCACCUGGCCAACGCGCGAGCAAGAUCUGGAGGAGAACCCGAAGGCGAAGAAUCCAAACAUCCAUCGCAGAGUGGACAUGAUCAUCGCCCCGUGGCGGACUGUUGGCUGUGCAGUCAUGGGCUGGAGCGGCGGCACCACGUUCCAGCGAGAUCUCAGGCGGUAUGCAAAGGCGGCCAGAGGGUGGAAGUUCGAUAGUAGCGGUAUUCGCAGUCGAACCAACGGCGAACCCGUACUGCUCGAGGGAGAGAGCGGUGUGGAGGGAACGCCAGAAGAUGCCGAGAAGAGGGUGUUUGAGGGUCUGGGGUUGGGAUACGUACCGCCUGAGUACAGAGCCACGCAGUAA